AUGUUUGCAUUUACUGAUCGUUCAGUUGUAAAAAAAAAAAACAGUUGUAAACUUUUUAUCUCGAGUUGGUGUUGGUGGUCACGAACAUCAUUACCAUCACCAAAACAAUUAUUUCGUUCAGCAAAUAUGACUCAACGACGAGAAAUUUCAAAUUUAGAAUAUCUUAUGUAUCUUAAUACAAUUGCAGAGCUGAUUAUGAAAGUGAAAAAAUUUGAUUUAAAUUCUCCAUCAUCUUAUCGAGAUUUAUCAAAAGAACCAUUUACAACAUUUUAUUUAAAUUUACAAGAAGGAAAAUUUGAUCAUGCUAAUCGAUUAUUUCAUUCAAUUCCAUUAUCAUGGCAAAAUUGUCAACAAUCUGAAUUCGUUUCAUGUCAUUUACAUCAUUGGAUUGAUUUUAUUUUUGGUUAUAAACAAAGAGGUUCAUUUAUAAGAUUAAUAUCAUUUUAUAUUAUUUUAAAAUUUAAUAUUUUAGGAUGUGAAGCUGUUCGUGCUGUUAAUGUUUUUUAUUAUUUAACAUAUGAAGAGGCCGUUAAUCUUGAUUCAAUAACAAAUCCAACUGAUCGUGCUACUAUUGAAACACAAAUAAGAGAUUUUGGUCAAGCACUAGCACAACUUUUAACUGAACCACAUCCACCAAGAAAUUCUGCUAUGAAUUUAGUAAAACGAAAAAAAAAAACUUUUUUUUAA